UCGGUGGAAUAACAGUGGUUGUGUAAUAUAUUGAAAAUAAAGAAACAAUGAACUAUACAAAGUGAACAGUUGUAUCAUAAUUAUCUUAGCAGUUUUCGAGAUUUGGUCGUGAACGGAACGUGUUUUGUUUUUGACAUAUUGUAGUGUAGUGUUUUGUUUUAUUAAAAUGUGGCGCUUCGAUGUCCUUCUUUAUGUGGAAAACGUGUCAGUGCCUAAAAAGAUGCGCGGACGCACGCCGCGCUGGCUGUGGGUGGGGGCGGGUAGUGGUGCGUUACUUGCGCUUGCGGCGCUAUCCGCUGCACUCGCCUGGACCAGCAUAUUCGAUUCAGCACUUGCUAAUCAACUGGCGCUGACUCCAAACUCCAGGUCGUUCAGGACUUGGGUGGCACCGUCAGUACCACUGUACUUCGAUAUUUACUUCUUCAACUGGACCAAUUCUGAGAAGUUUCCAGAAGAGAAACCGAAUUUAGUGCAGCUAGGUCCCUACCGGUUUCUGGAGAAGAGAAAACAUGUAAACGUGACAUGGCAUGACAACAACGGUACGGUGGCGUACCGGACACAGAGGAGCUGGUACUUUGACGAGUCCUCCUCCAAUGGAACUCUUCAGGACAACAUCACCACACUCAAUGGUAUCGCUGCUAGGAACAACUCCUUGGAUACCGACGGCUACAUGGAAGUCACGACAGGGAGAGCAGCGGGUACUCUCCCCGGGCAAAUCAUGAGGUGGAACUAUGAAGACCACAUCCCAUAUUACGAAGGAGAGUGUGCUCAACUGGCUGGUAGUGCUGGAGAGUUCAUGCCUCGCAACCUGACGGAAGACUCCCUGCUGCCGAUGUUCGUGCCAGAUCUCUGUCGGACCGUGUAUAUGGAGUAUGUGGACACUGGCGAACAGGACGGCUUGACCUUCAACAAGUAUGCGUUAACGCAGCGGAGUUUUGAUAACUCGUCAACCUCUCCAUCAAACACAUGUUUUUGCAAUGGGGAGUGCGCUUGGAGCGGAGUGAUGAACGUGUCAGCCUGUAGGUUCGGGUCCCCGGCCUUCAUGACCCUCCCUCACUUCUUACACGGAGAUCCUCAGCUCAGGGAGCUGGUGACCGGCAUGCAGCCAGAUCCUGAUGCCCAUUCCUUUUACUUUGCUGUUGAACCUAAACUGGGAGUCCCGUUGGAUGUAGCUGCGAGAUUCCAGCUCAAUUUAUAUUUAGAACCCAGUGAGAAUAUCGGUCUUUAUGAAGACGUACCUAGAAUGCUAUUUCCAAUAUUCUGGGUGGAACAACGAGUAAAGGUGGAAGACGACGUGAUAGCCGAGCUGCGGCUAGUGCGCGCCAUCUUUGAUUGGGGCGGCACCGUUUGCGCGUGCGCAGCGCUCGUGUUCGCAAUCCUCGUCACCAUGGCAACGUGUUGGGCGAGAAAACCACACACAAUAAAAAAGGAAUCUAUAUUCGAAAAGCCUAAAGACGAGGCCGAAUUAAAGCUCAAUCCUAUAUGAAAUACUUUAUUAGUUUAAACUCAAAUAUGGAAUGUAGAUCUUCUAAAGGUCGAGAACUUCAACGUAUCGUUGGAAAAGUGCGGACGUGACGUCAACUGACAGAUUGUAUUGUGACGUCAGAAUAUAGUGAAAUGAUAUUUUUUUUAUGAAAAUGUGUAUGGACUCGUAUUAUGUACAUAGAAUAGCGUUAAGUUGAAUUGAAAGAGUAUCUGCGUUUGGAUGUUGGUGAUUUUAAUUUUUAUUGUGAAUUUGAUUUUUAUGUAUAAGACUUUUUUUAAGUAAUUUGGUCCGAUCGAGAUCUAGCCAAUUUAUUACCAUUGUUCGCAAUUAGGUUACAGUAAUAAAAACUCAUUAUCAAUAUUAUUUUGACUAUUCUGUGGCAUGUUGUUGUAACUAUUAGAAUUCCGUCCAAGGCUAAAAAUAUGUUUGGUAUAUCGAAUUUCAAAAUUUGUAUUUAAUUUCAUUAACAUCACGAUAAGUGUAGUAUGAUUGAACUGUAAAUUAAACGAUAAUUUAUUUAUAUCUAAAUAAACCUCAUAGUCUUUUUAUCAUCUUCUGUUGUAUUAAUGAAAUAGGUAUUCGUUUUCCUUAUCAAAAAAAAAAUAUUAAUACAUAUUUCUUGACAAAAUGUUAAACAAGAUUUACAAUUAAAAUGUCAGAUGAUAUGAUAGAAGUCAUAAAAAUCGUAAUUUAUGCGUAUCAGAAUGUACUGUGAUAUUGUGAAGAAGGGAGUUUAAUGAAAUGUGUUGAUACUUCUAAAUGUUGCCAUUUUAGAUUUAAUUCAUAGUAGAAAAUACAGUUAUUAUCACAGAUAUUCUUAUCUUCAAUCACACAUCUCUAUUAAUAAUUUCGUCAAGGGGUACGGUAGACUCGAUCGAAACAUUACCGGAAUAACAAAACAUAA